UGACGGACAUCACGAGACUUCAACACUUCCUGUAGAAAAUUGGAUUAUUUAUUUGUUUUGACAUUUUAACACAUUAUAAUGUUAAUAUCUUGAACAUAUAACGGGCACAAAACUUUCUUAAUAGAAAACUCAUGAGAUGGCAGGCAAGAACGAGCGCUCUGCAACAUUGCCAUCAAACUUGCGUCAUAGUGUAGCGCAUGCCGAAGAGAAGGAAGGGCUAUUUACAAAACUUAAGAAGAAAUUUAGACUUAAGAAAGGAAGAUAUCAUGUGGACGUAAGUACUGGAGAAUGCGAAAAUAUUUCUGCAGUGUCAUUUAAAAAGAGACAGAGUCGUGAAGUUCUUGAGGAUGAAUCUCCAUGGAAGCUGCGGGAUCCGGCAUCAGAGAGUCAAGACUCAUUGAAAUUGUCUGAACUUACGUUAGGUAAACCUGGUGAUAAGCAACAUUUAGCUUUAAAAGGAAAAGAACGAAAGUUAUCUAAUCCGGAAACAUACACAAGAUCUCUGACAAGUUCAGAAAUAAACUCGUUUCAAAGGAGCAGCUUUGAUGCUAAGGCUAAAGGUAAAUCAACCAAUGAAUAUAGUCCUCUUACAUACGAUACCAAAGAAAAUGUGACUGAUAGAUCUCUAAAGAUACGAGAAAGUACUCUUACUAAUGACUGCGUUUUACACGAUGAUAGUGCCAUUGAUUUGGAUACAGAUGUCGAACACAUUAGAAAAUCUGUAGGGAACAAUAUUGGAAUUGUAAACAUUGAUACAGGUUUUGAUCCUGGUUAUGAAAAACUGCCGGAAAAAAGACCCAGUAGCAGUAGGGAGGGAACUUGUGUGACACCAGGUAGUGAUUUUGAUCCAAAUUACGAAUCUGUGCAGGAUGUGAAAGAUAAAAUUAAAGGCAAAACUGACCUCGAGUUUGAUCCGAAUUAUGAAAGUGUUGAUGAGGCAAAAGCAAAGAGCAAGUCGGAACAGUUGGAAACAGAUGAAUGUUGGUAUAUAGAUAAUGAUCCAGGAUACCAGUCUGUAAAAGAUGUGAAACGUGAGACAACCGAGACUGUAAAUAAAGGUAUCAGACCACCAAAAACAUACAGUAAAAACCAGUCCAUAGAAUCGUUAGACGAACCAGGGUAUGAGUCAUUAAAUGACGUUAAAAAGAGAAUAGCUGAGCAAAACUUUACCAAAAGUGGUUGUAAAACUAUAACUAAAAGUGAGGAACGGACAGGGACCAGAACUGAUGGUUUUUCUUUAAGCUCAUCUGAAACAGAUGAGUACUUCAAUGACUCGGCAAUAGGUUCGGUUCCCAAGUCAGAAAGUUUGCCGCAGAUGGAGGUACGUGAAAGAAGAUCAGUGUCGGGUGAGGCUGUUUUAACUCAACUAGAGAGUGAGCGCGGCCUGCAAGCAUUUGCCGAAGCAGUUGUUAGUCUGACUGGUGUGGCUACAGCUCUGACAGCCUCAGGGACCAGUAAGGAUAGUGGGUUUGAGAGUAAAGACAGAAGUUUAGAUUCCGAACAAGCAGAAAAUUUGUACAGUAGUGUGAACAAGACAAAGAGAGAUGAUGACGAGACACCUUAUAGUUCUGUUAACAAGGAGAAAAAACUGUCGACAGUAGACCAGCCGGAAACUGGAGACAAACAUGUGGCUGGUCCUGAAGCAGUUGUAGAUGAAUAUGACAGCGAUGCAGAGCUUAUGUUAGAUCCUGGUUAUGCUGAAUGUGCAGAUGCUAUCAAAGGUGUCAUUCCUUACUCCAUAUAUUCUGAGGGCAGUGGUUCAAAAAUGUCAAGUUGUACCAGUCUAGAUUUAUCAGCAGAAGACUUUGCUCUAGAACCAGGCUACGCAGAAUGUGCAGACGCAAUUAAAUCAGGUGCGAUCAAGAAAAUCUCUGUGUCACAUGAGAGACUGGUUGAGCAAACUGUAGGUCACAAGCAUGAAGAUAAAGUCAAAGGUGAAAUCAGCUCAGAGAUAUACGCAAAUCCGCAGAUAUUGUUUAGAAAACGUUCAAAGCUUAUUGAAGACAGUAAUGAAGAAAAUGCUGCAGCAGACAACAAAAAUGUUGAAGAAAGUAAAGAAAAGACAAAACUAGUUGGAGAGGAAAUUUGUCUUGCAGUGAAUAAAAGUGGUAAAAAGAAGGAAAAGAAAUCGAAGAAAGCGAAAGUUGUAAAGGAUAUACCUCCAGAAGCUCCGCCACUUCCUGCCCGGAAUUAUAGUCUUUAUUUAGACGGUGAGGAAGCGGAACAAGUUGUACAAGAAGUGUUACAAGAUUGUGAGAAAGGUAUUGAUAUUGAUGCUUCUAGUCUAGAUGAUGCAUUUGCCACAGAAGAAACAAGUACUAACCAAUCAGCAGGAGACAAAUUAUGCAAGGAAAUAAAACAGUUAGGAACUGAUAAAACAGAAAAGGUCUCUAGUGUAGAAAAGAACCUGGAAGAGAAUGAUAAAGAAUCAGAUGGAAAAGAUGCAGAACCAACUGAUAAUGAGUCAGAAAAGGAAAAACAAGACAUCUUGGAUAUAACUAAAGAAAAUGACCAAGCUGUGAAACAUGAUUUAACAGUUUACUCUGUAGAAUCUGAAAAUGUGACUCCUAACACAGAUGUACUGAAUAAAAGUUGUAAUAAUUAUAUAUCUUCAAAUUGUUGUGAUGAAACUCAUGGAAAUUCUUCUGUAAAUGUUGAAACAGAGGGAGAAGAAAAUUGCCUUCAUGUUGUUGUUAAAGAUGAGAGUGGUGCGGAAAGAGUGCUCAAAGUUGUGGAGAAACAAGAGUCUUUCCACCUCCAGAGGAGAAGAGAAAGUAGCCGAAAGAAAGUGAACAACUGUGCACCACCCUGUGAUGAGAAGAAUGGACUCGAGGAUAAAAAGAUCCUUAUUAAUAGUGAUAAUUCAAGUGGAUAUUCUUACAAAGAAGGUCUCAGUCAUACCAAAGAGGGAGAAAUCUUAAAGCCAUUUUCUACAAAUUUUACUUCGGCAAACUGUACAGACUUGCUGAAUACCAAAGACAAUAUUGAUCAUGUGUGUGGAGUGGAGUGUAAUAAAGAUAAGAAGGAUGUUAAAGAAGGUUGUGCAUUUAUUUCAGAAACAACUAAGUCUGAUCCCUCGUUGAAGGUCAGCCAAACUGAUCACACUUUUGCUAACAUUGUAGAUAAUAUAGCGAGUGAAAAUGGAAAUAUAAAUGCAUAUCAUUCAAACUAUUCUGAUACUAGUAACAAACGUGAUUCUUCAGAAGUGGAAAAUAGUAAUUUUCUUACAGUGGCAGUCAAAAUGAAAUGUAUAUCAGUUGAUUCAGACAGUGAUUUUAUUAACACUGAGGAUUUACCAAAACUAGAAAUCAGUGAAAGUGAUCUGGAGAGUCCAUUUGACAGUAGUGAUAACUCGAAUCAUGUAGAUAUUGAAACUGAAAGUGCUGGUAUUGAUAAGUUAACUCAAAGAAUAAAAACUGAAGAUGAGAUUAGUCAUUGUUCAGACAGUUCUAAGUUUAAGGAAGAAAGUGCUAAAUUAAAGGAAGACAGUUCUAAUUUAGUAGAAGACACUAGAGCUGAAAUAGGCUCUGCAGAAAUUCUUUGCUUAGAUAGUACUGGCCAAACUUGCAAAGAAGUUGAUGUAAGUGUGGAAAAUGCAAAUGUGGAGGACAAGUCAUCUGAAAAAACUAUUUGCUCAUUGUUUGCCGUAGAAACAAACAAGCCACUGUGUUCAAAUGGUUUAGUCAAUAGAGCUGAUCUUAGUGUAAGUGAAGAGAAUGGAGUUAUAAAUACAUAUCAACAUAAGGGUGAUGAUGUUGUGGAUGGUAUUGAAGGUCAGUCAAGUGACAGAAAAGCUACUCUUGAAAGCAGACUAUGUGUGAUUGAAUCAGAAAAGGAGAGUGAAUCUGAUUUAUCCAAAUUAAUUGAUGACCUUAAUGAUGAGGUUGUGGUAGCGAGGGUUGAUCCAGAGUUAAGUGAUGAUAGUGCAAUAGGGAAUAUUGAUGACUUUCAACAAGUUGAAAAUCUCAACCAUAACGAAGUUACUAACUCUGAAUCAGACACUGAUGCUAGUCAGGACAAAAACAAUUCUAAUGAUUUUGCCAAUAGUUCAACAGAGAACGUUACCUCAAAAGAGUUGCAUUUGAUUUAUGAAAAACAACAUCCUAAUCUGUAUGAGGAUUCCGAACCAACUCACAUGUCUUUAGAAGAAGCUUUGGGUUUAUCACCUAGCAAUCCAGUUACAAGGUCACAUUCUGAUAGUAGUGGUCAUAGCCUUUUGUUUACAGCCAGUCCUAACGCCUUCAUUCACUCAAACAUUCCAAAUAUUCAAUUUGAAAACCAAUCAGAAUUAACUGUAACUCCGCCUCCAAGGCCACCUCCUAUAGCUAGUUCCAGCCAAUUAGAAAGCAGGAUUUGUGUAACUGACCAAUCAGGAGAGGUUGGUAAAGCAGUCACGCCCAUUGACGAAGUCCCCUCCCCUUUCAGUUUAUCAUACAUGAGAACUGACCAAUCCGAGGAAGAAGCCCCGCCUGCAAUACCUCCAAGACACAGGACACCAAGAACACCAGGACGCCCAGUGUCAUAUUCUCAGGAUUUUAUGGAGAGCAUGAGGCAACUAAAGGAUUGUGGCUGGUAUUGGGGACCUCUCAGCUGGGAGGAGGCUGAGCACAAGCUGGGCAAGUCACCGGAGGGCACGUUUCUUGUGAGAGACAGCUCUGAUGAACACUACAUACUUAGUCUGUCCUUCAAAAAUCAAGGUCGAGUUCACCACACAAGAAUUGAGCACCAUAAAGGUCAUUUUAGUUUCUGGUCACAGCCGGACAGUCAUGGAAAGUCUACAAUAAAAGAGUUUAUAGAACAAUGUGUAGAGAACUCGAGGAAUGGACGAUUCUUGUAUUUUAUCAGGCCAAGUGGUCCCGGGAGUCCCCCAAUGCCGAUACAGUUACUUAACCCAGUGUCACGGUUCAAACAGAUGCGAUCUCUACAGCAUAUGUGCCGGUUCCGUAUUCUACAGCUUGCACGCCGGGACCACAUCGAUCAUCUUCCCAUCCCGACGAGAAUAAAACAGUAUUUGAAGGAGGCGCAGUAUUACGUCGAAAGUCUCGACGACUGAAGAGAUCUUCAUGUAUAAUUAAAUCCUUUACAAUACCUUUAUCUAUAUCUCAAAGCUAAUACGUUGUCGUUGUUUGUUUUUUUGUUCAGAAAGUAUCUCUUAAAAAUAUUUUAUUUUCAUCUUAAAAAUAAAGUAAUAAUUUUUAAUUUGGGAUCUCUUUUAAUGUUUUUUUGUAUCUCAAAAAUAGGGUUUUUCUUCUUUAAACAUGAUGUAGAUAAAUGGGGUUUAAAUAAAUAACAAUUUUUUUUCCUGCAUGAAGAGAAUUUGGUGCCCAAUUUUUUUUUUUUUUUUUUUUUUUUUUGUAUCGAAGAUAAUAGAUCUGUCAUGAUAUAUUAAGCAUACCACAAUUUUGCAUUUUGAUUUUUUUUCGUACCUCAGGAGUUAUAGUAAAUUUUUGUUUCAAAUCAUAGUUAAAAUUGAAUGACCAGCAUGCACCGAAAAAAAGUUUUUUCAUAGUAUUACAUUUGUUAUUACAUAAUUUAGAUGAAUUAUGAUGUUGAUGUUAUAUUGUUUGUUUAUAGUGUGUAAAACCAUAUAUCUGCUACCUAUAUUUUACAAAAUUAUUGCUUGAAUUUUGAAAACGACUUCUUCCCAAACUUGUCAGUAUGAAAUAUCAUCCUAUAGUAUUUUCUUAAGAGCGAUUGUGCAUGUAAAAAAAUCAUUGAUAAACAGUAAAAACCCAAUCUGAUUAAAAUCAGCUCCUAAUUAACGCUACGCAUCAGGCCAAAAAUAACUUCGGUAGAUCUGAACUUGAGUCAGAUUUAGUUAAAGCCCUACUUAAAUUAGCAGCAUAAUAUUAUGUGCCUGAUGUUCUAUUCUGUUCUAAUCUGUUAACGUACAUGCAUGUUAAAUAACAGAGACUUUUUGUUAAAAGUCUUUUUGAGAAUGGCCAAAAUUCAUGGGAACAACAUAUAAUUUUGCUGGUUAUACAUUUUAUAAAAAUGUUUUGUGAGAUAUAGCUUUAUACCCUUUAAAAAAAAGUGAAUGUCAGUUUCAAUUAAAUAAGUAAUUUUAACAAAGGACUUCAAAAAAAUAAUAUAAGAAAUUCAAUCAAAAUGAAAAAAAGAUUUAGUUAUGAUAUUAACUGACAUCAUAAUCUUAUUUUCAAGCAGAAAUAAAUCUCUUGAAAAUUUCCCACUAUGUUCAAGAUGGUACAUUAAUCUGAUGUCAGGGUUUACAUUAUUAACAGAUUGGCGAUCCAUAUCAUCUGUUUUUUACAGCCUGUACGUUAAAUUAUCAUCUGUGGGCCUUGGUCGAAUCGGUUGUUUCCUUUAGGGGAUCUGUUGUCACAGAUAAAAAUGAAAACCCAGGUUGUACAAGUCACAGACAUUUAAUUUUAUUGUCUAGAAAUUCCUGGCCGCAGACACAGUUGUCUUAGAAUAGUCUUAUUCUUUACUGAUAUCAUGAAUGGUGUACAAAGUCAGUAAAACAAUCUACAAAUAUAAACUUAUAUGAUACAAAUUUGUUGCCAUAAUAUUGUUUGGUUUAAAUGUUUUGUUAACCGCAUAUGAUUUUCUCUACAAGGUCUGUAUAAACCCUUUUAGAUAUUAAAGGCUUGCGAUGUUUUGCUUUGACAUCUGAAAGUUACCAAGAGUUCAAGAUUGAAUUUCAUUUCUGACUUUUUGGUAUUGACAUCUUGACUCCUUAUUUCUGACUUCUUAUUUUCACAUCUUGAGUUCUAUUUUUGCCCUUUUGACUUCUUAUUUCUCUUCUCGAUUCUUAUUUUAGACUUCUUGACUUGUAAUUUCUGACAUUUUGCUUAUUAUUUAAACACAAAUAUGAUAGUGCCAUAUUAAGUUUAAAGGUAUGUUUGAUAAUUUAUAUGGUUUGUUAGAAAAAUAUACAUCUUAACCUUGAACAUGCUGAAUAUUUUUAAUGGACUUUUCCCACUUUCAUUUUUUGGGACUGUCCAUUAUCAAUUUUAGGGAUAUCUAUUUGAAUAUUUAAAGUUUGUCAGCCAACAGUAUAGAGCCUCGUCAGACUACCAAGAAUGUGCAGACUGGCCUGACUAUACUGGUGGCAAAGGCUUAACGCUUUCAGUUCCAGCACUUAAAAAGUUAACACCUUUAACUUAAAGGUUCUAUAGUAAUUGUGGGUUUUUUUGGUAUUUGUUUUUAAACAGUGUAGUUUGGCAUUAAGACCUUUAACACUGCACAAUAUCCGACAAGUAUUGCAUUUAAAUAAAUAAACAAAAGGAAUGAAUCUGUAUGAAGCAUGCCAUUUAACUCUUUUUACAUUACAUUUACGUUUUAAUUAAAAGAAAUUAGUAAAAUUUUAACUUUCACAUUGAGAGGAAGAUUGUUUGUAACAUAUAUUGUGUAAUAUAUAAUAAAAUAUUAUUGUAAAUAUGAGUGUUAUUAUAAUUUGUGCUGUAAAUAAUAUAAAAAAGGGGCCAUAACUACAUAUCUUUGAUAAAUGUUGCUGUGUUUAUUCUAUUUAUUUGUUUAUGAUAUUUUGGAUUGUAUUGUUAAAUGAUAUAUUACUAGGAUGAAUUGUGCUUUAAAAAGGAUUUGUAUUUGUAAAUAUAUACAUGUAUUUAUGGCAAGAAAAAGCUGUUAGAAAAUGUUAAACUUUGGGGGGUUUUUUUCCAGAAAAAAAAUUAGAAUAGGCUAAAAUACCAUGUUUUUUUAGCUUGACCAAUUAAAAAAUAGGGUGAGCUGUUGCACUCACACCCAGGCAUCAGUAUUACACUUUGAUUUAAAUUUUUGCGUGCAAGCUAGCUUCUCGAAAACUACUACAGAAAAUUGGUUGCAACUUCACACACUUAUUUCAAAGCAUAAUAGGAUGUCACUGUCCAAGGCCGAUAACUAUAACAUGGAAUUUGUAAGAAUUUUGAACUUAGAAAAUUCUCUAUUAUCCAGGUUCUUGUUUAACUAUGAAGCAUUGAAAAUAGUUGAGCACACCAUUUUAUCGACAGCUCUUGUUAAGUAAAGGAUGUUGCUUUUUUAGAAAUAAUGCAAAACCAUCAAAGAAACAUAAUUUUGAUUAUUUUAACGAAAGGUUUUAUUAUAAAUUUGUUAUGUUUUGUUACUCAGCCGAGCAGAACAAGGGGCUAAAAGGCUGUUAAGAUUGCCCAAUGUCAAUGUGCAUUGUUAUUUGUAACAUAAGAAUCAAGUUAUCAAUUAUGAAAAUAAUUUCAUUAAUCUUGUCACAAUCUACGCAAUGUGUUUAUUUCCUAGAUAAAUAUAUACAUGUAUAGAUUUAAGAAUUGUUGGAAAUUCCUUUGAUUGUGGUUUAAAUAAGAACCCCUUCUAUAUAAUAAUAAUGAUUCAGGUCACUGACUUCAAUAAACUUGCCUCUCGAUGCCUUGGGUUUGAUAUCCCUCCCCCGCCUACCUCAAACCAGAGAGUUUGGAUCCUUUCAUGUGAGAAAAUUUUACCAGCUUGAUCAAAAAGUGUUGGUGGCUCUACAUCCUGUACAUGGCUUAUACUUGUACUGUAAUUAUGCUUGGACAGGUACCUGAAAGGUAUACUUACUAUUUGACCUUGACUUUAGACCCCACUUAAUAAAACAAAUUAACAAUGUUGAAAACUUUUUUUACCACUACCAAAUGAAAUAAAAAAAUGUGGCUUUUCCUCUUUUAGUUUUGGUCUCAUAUUGUAUGAUUGUAAUAAUAUUAUUAUCUUUAGGAGAAAAAAUAAAGGGAUUUAGUAUUUAAUUUGUUACUAUCUCAAAAUUUUAGUUUUUUCAUGAAUUAAUAUUGAUUGUGUUAUGUAUGUUUUUGAUUAAUUUUGUAUAUAGUAUAUUAAGAUGUUGUGCCAAAGAAAUUUGUAAUUUAUUGUUAAUUAACAAAUUAAGUUUAUAAGUUAUUGUCUUUUUUACUGUAAAAUUUGGUCAAAUUUUUGUUUAUUGAUGUAUUUGAUGUUGUAAACAUUGUAUGAUGCAUCAAAGAAAGAAUAUAAUAUAUUGUCACCUUAGUGCAAUAACUGGUUUACUCCUAUUAACUUUAGAAGGACUUAACCUGUUACUGCACUAAGGCAGUGAAAUGCUAUGUAGUAAUAUUUGUUAAUGCUUUCGUGAAUAAGAAUAGUACAAGAUUGCCCUACAGCAAUGAGGCAGUUGAUUUUAAUCAUGACUCCCCCACCCCAACUCCAUCUGGUGCAUUUUCCCCUUAUUGAUCCUCACCACCUUUUCCUCUUCUUGAAAAUGUAGCAGGGAUUUUGACUUAUGAAGUCAUAGUAAAAUGGGGAUGGUCAGAUAGUAAAAUCUAUGCUAAAUGUCCCCUCAUAGCAAGUUGGAAAUAUCUCCUGUAUACUAUUAUAUUAGCAGCCAAACAUAACCAAAUUAUUGGCACUGGCAUGCAGGGACAGAAAGAAGGGAGAAAAUAAUCAGGUUAUUUCCCCUUCACUGCCUUGGGGGCUGUGGGUGGGCUUAAAAUUGACUUAUACUGAAAGGCUGUUUUAAUUUGUUUUAAAUAGAUUUACCCAUAACCCUCCUGGAUUUAAAAGAUAAAAGCCACCAAUAAAGAGCCAGACCAGCCUGUGAAGUUUUACCAGGGUAGAUAAUAUGUUGGUAGUUCAAUUUUUGUAUUAAUUUUAAUAUUCAAACAUGUAAAAACUUUGAAUGGACUGUUCCAAAUUCAAAGCUAGGCAAAUCCAUUAUAGAAAUUCAACAGGUCAAAGGGUUAAAAGGCUUUAAUGCCAACAAGAUGUUUCUGCCUGUUCACUGUACAUUUAGGUUCUCAUUGGCCGCCGUACAGUAACCUACUUUUGGCUCAAAAUUCCU